AUGACAUAUAGAAAGCUCAUCGUCGUCAUCGGCGGCACAGGCCGGGCCCAGGAUCUCAAGCUAGUUGGUGCCGAGGUUAUCAAAGCGGACUCUUGGGAUACAGCUGAGCUCGAUCGGGCCUUGAAAGGUGCUUGGGGCGUCUUCUUGAAUACGAAUGGCGAUGCCCCAGAGUAUGCUGGAGACGGUGAUUUAGACGAGACCCAGAUGGGCAAGAAUGUGGUGGAUGCCGCCCAGAGACAAGGUGUGCAAGCGUUUAUAUAUGCUGGCCUACCAGAAGUCUCCAAGAUUACACACGGCACCAUCAACAUCAAAACAAAUUUCCACAAGAAUAAUAUUUCCGACUACGCCAGGCAAGCUGGAUUCCGCACCACCGUCAACGUCAACGUGGGAUGGAUGAUGGAAAACUUCUGGAACCCUGCUUAUGAAAAAGCCUUUGGUGGGUUUGCACGUUUGGAGGAUUCGGAGGGCUACCUUACCAUCCACCUCUUCCCCAUGGGGAACGCGCCGGAAUCAACACCAUUCACCUCGGUACGCGACGAUUACGGCGACAUUGUCCACGGGGUUUUUCUCGAUCCAGAAACAUGGGACAAGCAGACGGUGUGGGCAGUCUCGCAGCCACUGAGUUUCCAGGGCUUCGCAGAUGCGUACAACCGGGUGUCCGGGACGACAAAGGCGCGCUAUUUGGAACGAACCGCGCCAAAUGAGGCAUCGACCCCUGAGAAGACUGCCGAAAUUAACGCUAUCCGAAAGUAUGUGGAUUUUGUCAAGGGUAACUACUGUAAUGGUCAGCCUGUCGAUCAAGCCCCUGCUAGGGAGCUUAAGAAAUUUGGUGCUGCGGCAAGGAACGCCCCGGAGGAGCAGCAGAAAUUGCAGACGGUUGAAAGUUUCAUACGGCAACAUGGCUUUAGGGGAGAAGAUAUGUGA